AUGGGCACGCUGAUGCUCUCCAGUACCUCAGCUGCCCCCUCUUCCACAACUACUUCUACUAUCGCUACAGACACAGGUACUACUGCCACUACUGCCACCCCCACAACGACUACUCCCACCCCCACGACGACUACCGCCAUUAUAACAGAACCCACAACCUCCAGGACUGCAUCAGGUGGCUCGGAGCGCUCGGAUUCGAAACCAUUGAUUGUUGGCGUUAGCACUGGUGUCGGGCUGGGUGUGUGUCUUGUAACAUUAAUAGGAGCCCUAUGUUUGCAAAGACGAAGGUACCAGCGAAGACUCAAUGAGAAUCAACACUUUGGAGUCAAGUACAUGUCGAGCGGUGGAAUACACACUCGUCCUGCUGCCGCACCGGCAGAGCUACCCUCGAACCAAGCUCCGAGAGUGUUCGAGAUGGGGACGGGAGAAAUUCUGACUUGCCUAAUAUUCCAAUGA